AUGCCGCAGACCUACGCGGCGGACCUCUCGUCCAUGGCCCAGGCCGCCCAGACCAAAGCGCAUCAUGGCGUCGCCGCCGCGAAGCAUACCAAGACCGAUCCUGCCAUCUGUCCGACCGAUCAGGAGAACAACGUCAUGCCAAAGACAAAGACCUUUUCCUUUGACUAUGCUUGGCGAUCCGGCGUCGCUGGUGGAGUUGCCGGUUGCGCCGCAAAAACUUUGGUCGCGCCGCUCGAUAGAGUAAAAAUCUUGUUCCAAGCUAGCAAUCCGCAAUUCGCCAAGUACACGGGCUCCUCAUUUGGCGUCUUGUCUGCCAUGAAGGACAUUUACGGCCAUGAGGGCAGUCGCGGUCUGUUCCGCGGCCACUCAGCCACGCUUCUUCGAAUCUUCCCAUACGCCGGCAUCAAAUUCUUGGCCUAUGAGCAAAUACGAGCCGUCAUCAUCCCCGACAAAAACCACGAGACACCCCUUCGCCGGCUACUCAGCGGCAGUCUGGCAGGCGUCACUUCCGUCUUCUUCACAUAUCCCCUCGAAGUCAUCCGAGUGCGCUUGGCCUUUGAGACAAAAGCGCAAGGCCGGUCACCCCUCAUUUCCAUCUGCCGCCAAAUAUACAACGAGCAGCCCGUGGACAAGACAGCUACGGCGAGGCUACCCAACGCACCGGGCCCCGUCGGCGAGACGCCCAACGUUGUCGAGGCCGUGACGCCUCGCAAAGGGCUGGUCAACUUUUACCGCGGCUUCACCCCGACUAUUCUCGGCAUGCUCCCCUACGCCGGCAUGUCCUUCUUGACGCACGACACGGCCAGCGAUGCGCUGCGGCAUCCCUUGGUUGCCCAAUACACAACGCUGCCGAAAAAGGCAAAUCACCCGCCCGGGAAGCCAGCCGCGCUGCGGUCCUGGGCUGAACUGGCCGCCGGCGGCGCGGCGGGCUUGAUUUCGCAAACAGCGUCGUAUCCGCUCGAAGUGAUUCGCCGGCGCAUGCAGGUCGGCGGUGCCGUUGGUGACGGUCGCCGGUUACGCAUCGGCGAAACAGCGGGCAUGAUAUGGAAGGAACGUGGUUUUCGCGGAUUCUUUGUUGGCUUGACGAUUGGAUACGUCAAGGUAAUUCCUCUGGCGGCAGUGAGCUUCUAUACAUACGAACGGAUGAAGCUCCUUCUUGGUAUCUGA